UUAAAGAUAUGUUUAAGUAUCUACGUAGCCUUUGAAAGUUUGGAUGAGUUUAUACGAGAGUCAGUCACUAAAAACAAAUUAGGUCCACUAAUAGAUUUUGUCGGGGGAGUGUUCAUUGACUGGGAUAGGGUAUUUAAAGGACGAUGCAUACAUGCAAGUCCUGAGCAGUGACAUUAAAUGUGUGAUUCAAUUCAGUGUAUUCUUUUGAGAGAAUGUUCCUCACAUUAAUAUUGUUCACGUUUUCAACAGGGUUAAUGUAUUUAUUUUACAGGUCCCGUAAAGACAGAAUGACAAUUUUUCAAAAGAUGGGAAUCCCUGGACCAGAACCCAACUUUUUGUUUGGUAAUUUAUUGGAGUUUCAAAAAGUGCCUCUUUACAAAAAACAUCAAGAAUGGAAACAAAAAUAUGGAACCACAUAUGGAUAUUACGAAGGCCCAACACCAGUGCUCGUGACCUCAGAUGUCAAUAUUUUGGAAGAAGUUUUUGUAAAACAAUUCAACAACUUCCACGCUAGAAAGCUUUGGCCAGUUCAGGUUGACCCAGACAAGGAUGAAGAUGUUCAUAUGUUUUUUGCAAGAGGCAGACGAUGGAAACGAUUACGCGGAGUUGUCAACCCUGCAUUUUCUGCCGCCAAAAUUAGAAAAAUGACGCCAACAGUGAAUGAAUGUAUCAACCAUUUGUUGGAUGUGAUGAGAGACACUGCAAACAAAACGUCGCACAAAACCGUAGAACUCCUUGACAUUUUCCGACGUUUGACACUGGAUACAAUAUUACGCUGUGAAGUUGGCAUUGAUCAAAAUUCUCUGAAAAAUCCCGAUGAUCCCAUCCUUAACCAUUGCAAAGGUGUCAUUAACGACACUGUCAAAACACCGUGGCUUUUCUUGUUGGGCUUCUUAUUUCCAAGCCUUCACUGUGUAUGGAUAACUCUCUACAAGUUUUUACACAAUAUCAAAUGCAAUUCCGCCUUUUGGCUGGAAGACAGGAUGAGAGAGGUCGUGAGCAUGCGCAGAACUCUUACAAAUGAACAUCGGAAUGACUUGAUGCAGCAGAUGCUUGAUGCCCAGUUCGCAUCUGACAGUGUCAAGGACCUUGAGAAUGAAGCAUCUAAAAUUAGCAACCCUUAUAAAAAGUUUUUGAAAUCGAUGACCAACGAGGAAAUCGUUUCCCAUGCACUGCUUUUUCUUUUGGCCGGUUACGAGACGACCAGCACUACACUUGCAUAUCUCUUCUUUGAGUUAUCCCAAAAUCCUCAUGUCCAACAGAGGCUACGCCUUGAGAUCAUGGCCGUUUUGCCCCGAGGUUACCAUACAAUUGAGUAUGAUGAUCUGAAACAACUCACCUAUUUGGACUACGUCAUUUGGGAGACUCUGAGAAAAUACCCGCUAGCCAGCACAGUGACAGCCAGGCAAUGCAUGCGUGAUUGCACUGUUGGUAACAUGCAGAUUCCCAUGGGGAUGCUAGUUCAUGCUAACUUGUGGGACGUGCACUACGACCCCACUCACUGGGGAGAGGAUCCUCAAGCAUUUAACCCUCUCAGAUUUAUGCCCGAACAAAGGAGAAAAAGGCACGCCACUGCUUGGAUGCCCUUUGGGGGAGGACCAAGAGCUUGUGCAGGAAUUAGAUUCGCUCUUCUUCAGCUCAAGAUGGUGGUUUCCAAAGUUCUUCGUGACUUUGACUUUUACCCGUCAGAUAAACUCAUCGUCCCGCUUCCACUGAAACAAGGUGCGACUAUUUUACCAGCGGAAGGUGUUCAUCUAUCGGCACGAAGACGUGGUUCUGCUUUGUCCGAAGCAGGUCUAAGAAGAGGAUCUGUGAUGACCGGCAUACCUUUGGCAGACUGGAUAGGCAUGAGACGAAAAUCACUACAGGAAGAAGACUUUGGUUGUGAGAUUAGCCCACUUGAACAUAGUGAUAACAACAGUAGAAAGUCAUCACUAACAGAGAAUCUCUUAAAAAGAAAUGACACUGUAACUAUUAGGCGCAACUCCAAAGAAAGCAGAAGAAAUUCUCUUCUUGAAAAUCAACUGACAUCAGAAGCCAAGAGUCACAUGCGGCGGGCUUCGGUCAUUAAAGGAAUAGAGCUUUUGACUAAAGACUCUGUUGGCAGAGGUUUGAAAUUGACGGCAAUCAACUUCGAUACGAAAAACUAUAAACAUAAUCUGUUUAACCUGCGUGAUGUGUACUUCAAUGGACAACCUGAUAUCGAUAACACCAUGGGUAUACCAACUAUGCCAGAAGAGCUCCUUGGUGAAAUGCCACACUUGAAGUCCAAAUCUGUACUAAGAAGAGGAUCGGCAGUACCAGACCUCGAGUCGGUCAACGAGAUUGAGCUUAUAGAAAGUUGUAAGCCGCGAGAAAAAAACUUUAUUCUGGAAAACACAAUGGACGUAUUUGAUGAAAUUGAUGUCAUGAAAAAAUCGAACUUAACAGCUGAACGGCUUCACAAAAGACGAGGGUCAGGGUAAAACAAAAUGUUAUUUAAAGCCAAUAAUUAAUUCAGACAAAUUUGUAAUGAACUCAAAAUAUUCACUUUUAGUCUUUGCAAAUUGUAAUAGUAAGAAUAUAAGGCCUAUAUUUUAUAAAGCCAAUUUUAAAAAUAUUAUUUUACUCAGUUGUUUUUGCUUUUAACAACUUAAAACUUGAUUUGAAAAAAAAAGGUGACUUUAUUGACAAAUAAAAGCCAUGCAAAGUCAGGCUAUUGUUGUUAAUUCCAUUAUUUUAAAAAAUUAUGUUCUUAUCUAUAUAAUUAGUAUUAUUGUAAUUGCUUUCUUACUAGUCUACAAUUAUUCAUAAAGACUACACUAUAAUAUAUUUGAUUACAAUGUAACCGCCUGUUAUUAGUUACAUUAUUUUAUAUAUAAUUAAGUAGACUGUUGUUUUAGUGAGAACUACUACAUCACUAAUUAAUUGCAUUUUAUCUGUUAGAUUAUUGUAUGUUCAAAGUGAAAUGUAUAGUAUGUUACUACUUGCACACCAUUGGAAACCAUAUAUUGUAAAUUGUUACUUUAUAGUUGAGACUAUUCUGUCCUGAGUUGACAUAAUAUGGAUUACACUAUAAACCGAUGAAUUAAAUAUAUUCAUACUUUUGCAAAUGUCCUAAUCACGUCACUCAAGCUUUAUUUUUAAAAAUGUAUUUACGAAAUGAAGAUGUCUCUAUCCAUUGCUUGGUAUAUAAAGUAAAUAUAGUAGGCCUACCUUUAUUUUCUUAACAUUUUAGCAGUGUUAGUAGCUCUUCAUUAUUUUUUAUUCGAACAUAUUGAAACCGGAACACUCCUAUGAGAAUAAUGUUUUUAAAUGUCAAGGCCUGAUAACACAGAUUGAAUUGUCCAUGAUUUGUUUCAGAAUUUUGUUUGUUGGCGCAGUAAAAUUGUAAUUUAAGUUUGGAAAACUAUGAUCAAAAAUGAUAAUCUUUAAGUAUAAAUCAUUGUCAUCAGAUUUAAUUAGCAAUGUAGAAUUCAAGAUGAUUGAAGUUGCUGCUGGUGUUGACUGACAAUAUCACGUUGUCGCUUCAUGAUUAUUUCCCAUUUAAUUUUACAACUAGUAAUCAAAUACAAACGUGUAUUCUUGACUUGGACUAGGUGUGCUCUAAUCUCGGAAUGUCAUUUUCUGUAGUGGGCAUGGAGCAAGGAAUUUGGUCCAACAUGAAACUGUUUUGUUAUUUCAUGCAACAUUUUUCUUUCAAAUAUUUUCACACAGGGCUUCUCCAUUAAGAAGAAGUCUAGAUCUAGGUUGUAUGCCAAUUUUUUUUUCCUUUUUAGUUUUAACUGUUAUGCUUAAGCUUCUAUUCAUAUAUUGAUUUUUGAAAAUGUUGGUCCCUUUUAAAUAAUUAAACCAUUUAUUGUCACAACAACUCAAAAACAUGUUUUCACUUUGUAAUUAUGUCUAACCAAUAAAAUUGUCAAUAGUAA